UGGAACAACGAGACAGAAUCGCAGACCAUCAAUGUCUUCCCAAUUUGCCCCUACCCUACAGCAUAGAAAAAUAGCCGCGUAAUAGCCCUCAUCCUCUUCCCAAAAUGCCCCUCCUUCGCUUCUUCUCUACUCUUUCCUCUUCUCCGAACUUCCCGUAGCCUGGCCACGACAGGGAGGAUGCCUAAAAUAAAAGCACAAAUAGCGUCAUGAUUCCCCAAAAUCCUGGCUUCAAUCCAACUCAAGCUCCAUAAUUUCUCCCGUUCUUCCCAUAAUGCCCCCGUGCAUGCUACCCACCGCUUUCCUUGAAUCCAACUCAAUCCCUGAAUCAUUCGGAUACCCAAUCCAGAGUUCACCACUGAGAAAAGAACCCAUAUAACAAAAUCCGACCUUUUUGUCAUCUAGCUCCACUUUUCCCGUUGUGUUCCCAUAAUACCCCUAUCAAUGGCAGCUGUGCUCCAAUCUCAGCGGACCCUUUUAAGCCCAGUGGAUGAGGGGAGCAAAGGGGGGAGGGAAGAGGAGGAGCUUUCGCUCAUAGCUUUGUUGAUUACUUUGCUGAGGAAAUCUUUGGUUGGGUGUAGAUUGGGAGGAGAAGAGAUCAGCCGUUCGAUGGAGAUCGGGUGGCCGACGGAUGUGCGACACGUGGCGCAUGUCACCUUUGAUAGGUUCCAUGGGUUCCUUGGAUUGCCGGUUGAGUUCGAGCCUGAGGUCCCAAGGAGAGCUCCCAGUGCAAGUGUGAGUGUGUUUGGUGUAUCCACCGAAUCAAUGCAAUGCUCCUUCGAUUGUAGAGGGAAUAGCGUUCCAACAAUUCUCUUGUUAAUGCAACAACGCCUAUAUGAGCAAGGUGGGCUUCAGGCUGAAGGCAUUUUCAGAAUUAAUGCUGACAAUAGUCAAGAAGAGUAUGUAAGGGACCAAUUAAACCAUGGAAUUGUCCCUGAUGGUAUCGAUGUUCACUGUCUUGCUGGUCUAAUCAAGGCCUGGUUUAGAGAACUUCCAACUGGAGUACUCGACUCUCUCAACCCUGAACGAGUAAUGCAAUGCCAAUCAGAGGAAGAGUGUGCACAACUAGUUAAACUCCUACCACCAACUCAGUAUGCGCUCCUCGAUUGGGCCAUCAAUUUGAUGGCCGACAUUGUCCAAGAGGAACACCACAACAAGAUGAAUGCCCGGAAUGUUGCAAUGGUUUUUGCACCCAAUAUGACUCAGAUGGCAGACCCUCUUACUGCACUUAUGUAUGCUGUCCAAGUUAUGAACUUUCUCAAGAUGCUGAUCUUAAGGACACUGAAAUCCCGAGAGGAACCGAUUCUAGAAGCUCCUUCAGCUUGUCAAUCCAGUCCAUCCGACGAAAAUGGCCAUCACAGUCCUAAAUUCCACGUUGAGGAUUCCAAUGAAGAAACAGUCGAACAAACUUUUGUUCAUGAAGAACCUCUUUUAGUUGAUGAUACUUCAACUAAAGAUCAUGCUACGGAUACUUCUCAAAUAUCUCCAGAGACCGAUCUCUCUAUUAGAAGGGGUAAAAAGAGCAAGCUGAGAAAUAAGAAUUCCAAGAAGGGAUCACGAAGAUUCAACGUGCAGUCGAUUCGCUUGGCAGCCUCAGAGGAGAAACCGAAGGGAAUCAGUAUUGUGAAGCCUAUAAGUUCGAGGGCGGAGCGAGUGGAGGCAUGGAGGUGAAACUAAACUCUAGCACCUGACUGUUGAUUUAUUGGUCUGUGCAUGUUUUCUUUCCUUGUAUCAGAUACUUUUUUUUUGUAUUAACUUAUUCUGCUUCUAAAACUUGGUAAUUAUCUUAUGCUUUUUUCCUUCUCUUCUUUUGUGUUCAAGUUUUUGUACGCAUUCAGAUUGCUCUGUUGUUAUUUUGUUUCUGUACUUGGUUAUGACAAAAAAAAAAUCCUACCAGAAGUUUUUACA